AUGGCACGAUACGUCGCCAUUUGGACCUUGGUGACCCUGGUGUUGAGCGUCGCCUCGACUCCUCUGUCCGGGAAAGAUGAUGCCGGCUCGACCAGGACGAUCAGCGUGUCGCUGUACUCAGAGCUGGAGCGACUGGCCCGUCUGGUCGACAUAAGCUACUGCAUCGGCAACACAGGCAUCAGCGAACCCUUCGACUGUCUCUCACGCUGCGACGAGUUCCCCCACGUGAAGCUCGUGACGACAUGGGACACCGGCGUCCUCAUGAGUGACAGCUGCGGCUACAUCGCCGUGGACGAGGGGCAGAGUAGCGACGACGGGGAGGGUGGAGGCGGGCCACCGGCCAUCCUGGUGGCCUUUCGUGGAACCCUGAGCAUCACAAACACUGUCGUGGAUCUCGGCACCGUGCCGCAGGAGUACGUGCCGUACCCGUCGCCACCGGGUAACGGCGACGGCCCCGAGUGCACCAACUGCACGGUGCACAUGGGCUUCAUGCAGUCGUGGGACAUGGCCAGGAGGUGGGUCGUUCCCGAGCUCAUACGCCUCAGGACCGAGCACCCAGACUACCCCAUCCACCUGGCCGGUCACAGCCUCGGCGGCGCCGUCGCCUGCCUCGCAGCCCUGGAACUCAGAGUCUCGCUGGGAUGGGACAAUGUCGUCGUCACCACGUACGGGCAGCCGCGCGUGGGCAACGGGGGGCUCGCGCGCUUCAUCGACCGGGUCUUUGAUCUGGAUCAUGAUGCCCGGAAGCCCGUCGACGACGAUCCUCCAAGUCAUCAGUACCGACGUGUGACGCACAUCAAUGACCCCGUGCCCGUGCUACCCCCCGACGAAUGGUCCUACCAAUCCCACGCUGGCGAGAUCUUCAUCGCAAAGGAGGCGUUGUCGCCGUCCGAGACGGACGUCCGGGUGUGCAGCGGUGAUGAGGAUGAGCGGUGCAGCGCGGGCGGCAGCGGCUUCACGCGCUUCACGCUGUGGCGUCUGUUUACGGCGCACCGCGACUACUUUUGGAGACUCGGACUCUGUGCGCCUGGUGGUGACUCUGGCUGGUUGCCUGGCGUUGGCGGGUAUCAUCAUGAUGGCGAUGAUGGUGUCGACGAGCUCUGA